GACGGAACGUCCUUGCAGUACCGUAUAGAUUUUCGACCACGGAACGAUGGAACAGAGCGGCAUCUCGGCAAUGCCUGGCAGCAAAACGAUCGUACCUAGUACCUGCCUACCUACCUUCAUUUGGUGGAACUUGCUCACGAUUUCACCUGCUCUCACAUCGGUGCCCAAACGCCUCCGAUUCUGCUAAUUUAUAAUAUGAUUGACGUAAACAAAGUGUUACUAAUGCCUCUCUCAGGUGUCCAUCUUUACACACUAAGAUAUUUAGCGCAAGGUACUCUAUCAGCGAAGUCACGGAAUCUGGGUACAGGCAGAUGGCAUCAUCAAACACUGAUACAGCUCGGAAUAUCGCACACUCCCAGAGGAAUUGUCCUGUAACAGCACGGCGACAUACACAGGAGUGGGGUUGCACGUUGUGGAUUAUUUUUAGCCAGAAGGCGUAUCUUGUAUCCGCGGAUUAAUCGAGUAACUGCCUGACUAUGGCUGAUUGGACUCAGUACGCGACGCCAGACCCCGAGUUUGUGGAAGCCUUAGCGAAGACACCACCUAUUCCGCCUUCAUUCGAAAAUGAUGCACUUGACGGUGACCAGGAAGUCAUCAGACGCCAGAAAUUCGUUGCAGAGAGGCAGCGCAAGGUCGUCGAGGCGGCUGGUCCACCUGUGGGUAUAACUGUGGUAGAGAAGCGCGUUCCUGUGACCACGCCGCCGGGAGAUAUAGCAGUCAGGAUCUACACUCCCCAGUCUCAAGACACGUCUGAAACUUUUCCUAUGCUCGUCCAUUUUCAUGGUGGCGGCUAUUCGAUCGGAAAUCUGGACACGGAUGAACUCGUCUGCAGGGCAAACUCUGCUAGACAUCGUAUCAUCGUCGUGAACGUCGACUAUCGGCUUGCUCCUCAGUUUCGCUGGCCAUCGGGGCCAAACGAUGCAUACGAUGCUGUAAGAUGGGUAGCUUUGAAUGCGCAGGAGCUGCGAGGUGAUCUAAGGAAAGGAUUUAUCAUCGGAGGCCUAUCUGCGGGCGGAAAUUUCACGUGUUCGGUCACUCAACGUGCUCGCGAAGACCCAGGGCUUCAGGGCAAAAUCACAGGCCAAGUUUUGCAGAUCCCGGGGACUAUCUCACAUGCAAAGGAAUUCCUAGAAAAGUUUAAGGAUAAAUUAAAGUCUUAUGAACAGUGCAAGGACGAUCCCAUACUUAACCGUACGAAUAUAGGGCUGUUCAUGGGUGCCUAUCAGCCCGGCGAUCCGUCCCAUCCUCUGGUGUCUCCACUGCUUGCAAAGUCUUUCUCUGGUCUUCCUCCUGCAUAUGUUCAGAUCGCUGGAGCAGAUCCCUUGCGCGAUGAAGGACUUCUAUAUGCUCAAAUGAUGCAAGAGAGUGGAGUUCCAACCAAAGUCGACGUAUAUCCCGGCGUGCCACAUGGAUUCUCUAUCUAUUAUCCCACAAUCGGUGCCAGUGUGAAAUGGCGCGCAGAUCUCGAAGUUGGAAUCCAGUGGCUUUUAGGGUUCUCUAAGCAAUGAUUCAAGCACGUUACGUCGGAAAUCGCUAUCUGGCUGCCUUUUGCGCUUUCGGUCCAAGUGGUAAA